UUGCACCACCUCCUAUCGCGUCUCAUCAGCCUCGGGGGCGGGACGGCUGGUUUCCUUGGAGACCAGAGAGAACAUAUUGCGCACGCGCGCACGCUCCCAAUCCAGCUGAUGCAACUCCAGCGCACCGUCCAGAUCGACGUGGGGGGGUGGGUGAAAAGAGGCCGGACUCGGGAAAGAGAGAAGAGAAGGAGGAGUGGGGGAGGGAGAGGGUGGGCCCGACGCGAGGAGGCCCGGAUGAAGGCUAGAAGAGCCCCUCCCACCGGUGUGCUAGCAGCUGACGUUCGUCUGCGUGUGGCCAAGAGGAGACGACGUGGAGUCGGCGCGCCCUGUGGUGCUCAGUCUCAGCUAGCUACGAACUCUCUCGUCCUGACGCCGGCGCUGCGGCCAUUUUGGGAUUCUCUCUGCUCGGGCGUCCGCCGGCUUCCGGGCCCCCAGCCGCCUGCCGCCGCUCAGGGGCAGCGUCUCCGCUCGUCUCGUGGAAGCCGCCGCCGGAGGGGUCCUCUCUAUGGUGACAGGACUCUCGCCUGCCUGAGGCAGCUCCUUCCCGGCACCUCCCGGGCUUCUCGUCUGCCCCUUCGCCAUGGACGCCGCCCGCACUCGGCCUUCCGGACUUUGGCUCUCAGAGCGCCGCCGUCACCGCCGCUUCUCCCCGUGGCGCCCCUGCAGGACCGCGGAUCGUCAUCGGCCCGGAACACCGGCCCCGCCGCUUGGCCGGACCGAGGUCGUGUAAGCGUGACCCGGGUCACGCCCGUUCCCCUCCCCGAGACCCCGAGCGAGCGAGCCGAGAAGCCCAUGGAGCCCCGGGAGCGGCCCGCGCCCCCCGCGGACUCGUGGUUCCGGCUGCCCUUCUUCCCCCUUCCCCGCUGGGCGCGACAGGGCUCGCGGGCCCCCGGCCCGGCUCCCGCCGAGGCGCCCGAAAGCCGGGCCCGAGCCUGGGUGUCGCUGCUGGCGCGGCUGCUGGCGCCGCUGCCCAGCCUGCUGCAGAAGCUGCUGCUGUGGGGGCAGCUGCUGGGCGCCAUCAUCCCCGGCCGAUGGCUGGAGCCGGCCGCCACCAAGAGGGCCUCGGCAACCCGCACUGCCGCCCCCGACCCCAAGGCCGGCUUCGAGCGUCCCCCGGCCGAGCCCGGCGCCGCCCCCCUGCCGUGGCUGGAGGAGGGCGUCCGCUGGCCGUGCGGCCCCCCGGAUCUGGCGCUGGAGCUGGAGCUGGAGCUGGAGGGCAAGGCGAGCUCCUUGGAGCCCGCGGCGCGCUCGCUUCUCCUGCAGCAGCAGCUGUGGGGCGCCGAGCUGGUGCAGAGCCGCCUCCAGGCCAGCCUCUUCCCCGAGCAGGAGCUCGGCGUGGCCCGCUUUAACCAUGUCAACGUGGUCUCGUACGUGCUGAACCCCGCCGGCCUGGACUGCCUGUCUCACGUGGAGCUCGCCGGGCCGAAGAGCUUGGAGAGCUGCUUGGCGGCCGCCGACCCCGCGCCCCGGCCCCGGCCCCCGAGUGCCCAGGGCCCCGCCGCCCCCCGGCCGGGCUGCCCGUAUGGGGCCCCGCUCUCGGCCGAGGGCCUGCCCGAAAUCCAUCACCUGCGGAUGAAGCGCCUGGAGUUCUUGCAGCAGACCGGCAAGGGCCAAGCGCUGCCCACCCCAGAUCAGGAUCACGGCUACCACAGUCUGGAGGAGGAGCACGGCUUGCUUCGCAGCAGGGACCCGGACCAAGCCUUGAAAUCCGAGGGUUGUAGGGAUGGGUCCCCCGCUCAGACCCUUGCGGGAGGCGGCGGAGAGGACCAGGCGGGGCUGCUGGUCAGAGAGACCCCCUCUCUCUCGGAGAAUCAGGACUGCCAAGAAAGCGGGCCGGCUUGUGACCCGGCUUGGGAGAGCGGCGCUGUGGAGGGGGGGCCCAGCGUGGCUGACAGUUCUGACAUAGAAGAUGACUUUGCUGUUUCUGUCAGACCGGCGUGUAGCAACAAGCUUAUAGAUUAUAUUUUGGGGGGUGCGACCAGUGACCAGGACACGAGCAGUGAGUCCGAGGGGGAGGGCUGGGACGAAGAGGUCGAGGACGAUGGUUUCGACAGUGAUGGUUCUCUUUCCGAGCCGGACCCUGGCCGACCGCGGCCCGAAGGCCUCCAGCUCUGGAACUCUUUCUACAGUGUAGAUCCUUAUAACCCCCAGAACUUUACGGCCACCAUCCAGACUGCUGCUGCUCAGGCUAGUAGUGGUGGAGACCGUUCCGAGGCAGAGGAAGACUCUUCCGAGAAGUCGGCGGGAGAGGACUCUUCCUGGACUGAGAGCCCCCCUGCUUCUCCGGACCCCAGCUCUGGGGAGGAGGAGGAGGAGGAGGAGGAUGAAGAGGACUGGGAGUCUAGUGCAGACGAAGCAGAGAACCUAAGACUCUGGAACUCUUUCACUAACUCUGAGGACCCCUACAACCCUUUGAACUUUAAAGCACCUUUUCAGACCGCAGGGAAAAAAAGGAAAGACCAGUGUGACCCCAGCAGAGGGGCUGAGUCAAUGGGAGUCGUCUCUCGGCGCGAGGCUGUCCUUCGGUGGGAGCUACAACUGCUGGGGAGCCCAGAGACGGGGGUCACAGACACCGUCCAGCGUGGGAGCCUUCCCGGAGAGAGACACACGUCUACCAGGAGGAAGAAGGUAACCUUUCUUGAAGAAGUUACUGAGUAUUACAUAAGUAGUGAUGAAGAUCGCAAAGGACCCUGGGAAGAAUUAGCAAGGGAUGGAUGUCGGUUCCAGAAACGAAUUCAAGAAACUGAAGAUGCUAUUGGAUACUGCUUGACAUUUGAGCACAGACAGAAAAUUUUUAACAAACUCCAGGAAACAUACUACAAAAGAUUUAAUGUUUUCUAGUGACUGGAAGGUGAUUGCCCUCUGGCUCCACUAAUACACACUACCUCUUACCAUAAGAGGUGUCUUCCUUUUAAGAGCUGAAGUUGGCAGCAGCCCUUUAGUUUUUGAGAGGGAAUGAAAUUUGGAUGUGGUGCCCCUCAAACUUAAUGUUACCUGUGUGCUACAAACCUGCUUUGAAAUGUGUCUGGUUUUAUUGUUGAAGUAAGACCUGUUAAUGAAGGUUAGGAGUGUAGAGUGUGUGGCUUUUUAAAAAAAUUCUUAUUUUCUUGAAGAAAUUGAUCCUAUUAUGUAAGUUGAACGUGUUUUGGACAUCGUUUUUUGCUUUUCGGAGAGAAGAUGAGGACCUAUUAAGAUAUAAUUUUGCACUUUUUAAACUUUUAAGGGAAACAAUAUUUAUAGGGUUCAAAGCCCACUUUCAAUUCUAAUUUAAAGUAUGUAUGACUGUCUUAAGUCUUUGUGCUCUUUAUACUUUGCUUUUUCACUCCAACAAACAGAAAAUAGGAUCUUUGUAUUUUCUGUUGUAUUUUUCCCCACCUACUUAAAUAAUUACCCUCUUGCCUUAAGGCUAAGAAAUCAGUCUUGCUUAUACUACUAAGUUAAAAUUAUCUCCCAUUUUGCCUUUUGUUAAAGGAAAUAUCAGUAGUAAAUUUUAAUUUUAUUUCAGACAAAACCCUGGCUUCUGAUCAGAGUGGCCAAGAAGUGAGUGUAAAAAUACUGUUAGCCUACUUUUGGAAAGCUUUAUCUUUACCCAUAAAUUAUAACUUCACACAUGAAAAUUAUGGACAAUAAUAAUAUGAACCCAAGUCUCUUUUGAGAAAGGUUCUUUAUAUUUUUCAUGUGUUUCCUCAUUGAAUGUUAAAUUUUAAUUUUUAAAAAGCAGAAAUUGAUUGGCAUAAAAUGUUAACAUCCAAAAUCUCUAAAAAAGCAUUAGUUCCAUUGCACAAGCUUGCUUUAUUUUUUAAAGUUAAGCCUGGCUGAAUUUUGCUGGGCAGAGGGUAAAAAGAGUUCAUGGAGCAAUUUGGUUUGAUUGCUUAUCUUCUAAAACAAAAACAAAAGCCAGUGUUAUUAAUACCAUGCCUCAGCACUGUCACUUUGAAAACUUGUCAGGGUAACACUGUGAACUUGGAAACUGGCAGUUUUGAAUUUUCCAAUUACAAAUGUUGGAAUCUUGACUUCGGUCAUUCCAAGUUUGUGUCAAAGAAGUGGCGAAUAAAUUGGUAAAGCCCAAUUCCUUUUGGAAAGGAUAGUACUGUAGACUUAACAACUACACAAUGUUGGUAAUACCUUAGUCCAAAGGUUACCUUUGUUUCUAUGCUUGUGCAGUCAUUGUUUGAGCUUGUUUGUUAGUUCUGUGGGUCUGUGCAUUUGUUUUGUUGAGGGAACAUUAACUGAAUAUUUAAAGGACAGUCUCUCUCUCUCUUUUUUUUUUUUGACUCUUCCCUCUAAUGGAAGGCAUGGCUAGGAGAAAAGAUCUCUAAAUCUAACUUGACGACAUGUGGGAGAGAAUUCUCUAGAUGAGGAACUAGUGGAUUAGACAAGGCCUUGAAGGUUUACUACCUACCUCAGCUUAUUCUCUACCUGGCCACUAUUCCAUUUAUGUCUAGUUUGUUCUAAAGUCCACACUGAGUUCAUUACCAUAAAGAAACUUCUAAUUUUAGUAUUGAAUAUUGAAGAAAGUCCUUAAUCUUUUUUUUCCCCUUUCAAAAUAGACUUCCCUUAAAAUUUGGAAAGAAUAAAACUAGUUCUAGGGCAAAUUUUAUCUACACCACACAGAUGAGUGUGUUUACUAAGGAUACUUAACCAUACCUUGUAUGAUCUGCUAAAUAAUACCUAUGAAAUAAGUUAUUUUAAAUUACAAAUAGCAUCUCACAACUUAGAAAAACAUGCAUCAUUUGCCCUAUUUAAAUUUAUUAUAAAUUCUUUUUGAAUUGAAAGUGUAAUGUCUUUUUUCACAGGAUUAGUUGGUGCAGAUAAAAUCCUUGUGUAAUUGUACAUAGAAGCUAUGGACCAUCUACUUUGAUUAGACUUUAGAACAAUAUUUAUUUGGGCCCUUUUUAUAUUCAACCCCCUCUGCCCCUCAGUUGUGGUGGCAGGCAGGGAAAUAGACCACUACAACUGUGAAUUUUGUUAAAGGACUUCACCCCCCAAAAACUGUCUUUUUAAGUAUUGGGCUUGAGGGUUGUGAGGAGAGGGAACUGAGUUAGAGUUUGACUGAAGAAAAUCAGUCCUGUCAAUUUCAUUCUAGCCAUAGUCUAAACUUGAUGGUACUGUUCUAGCUAUAAAAACUUUAAAAUUGUAAUGGUGCUUUAAGUGGCAGUGUAGUAUGUGGGAGACUUUGUACAGAGAUGUGCUUGUUUUCCUAGUGUUGAAAUCUUAUAAAGAGCACCUCUUCAUUUUCAUCUUUAAAUCAAAACUGUAACUAAUUAUCAGAUUUUAUUUUUAUAUAAUUUUUUCAAAGUAAAAAUUAGGAGACUGGUAAGCCUCUAGAUUGGCUUUUACAGACCCAGGCUGAUCUAAAUGUACCUUGUUUGUUGGGGUUUUAUAACUAAAACUAUAUUUCAGUGUAUAAACUGUUCAAAACUAAUCUUGUAAAAAUUGUAAUAAAAUAUUUGCAUCGAUUAAAUCGUUUCU